AUGUACGUGUGUCUGGAUUCUGACUGCCACCAGGUGGACAACUCAUCAGUGAUUGAGAUUGACUUCAUCCGCUCUGACAUCUUUGAGGAAGUCCUGAACUACAUGUACACGGCAAAGAUCUCUGUGAAGAAGAAGGACGUCAACCUGAUGAUGUCAUCAGGCCAGAUCCUCGGCAUCCGCUUCCUUGACAAACUCUGCUCUCAGAAGCGAGAUGUGUCGUCGGAGGACAAGGAGAAGUUUCCCUAUGACAUCGUAAAGAUGGCGCUGCCGCCUGAGGCUCAGCUGGCCGCCGACUCGGAGGUGCUUGACGAUGACACGUCCGCCACAGAUGACCUUGUGGAGCCCUCGGCCAAUCCGGAGCUGGAGAAGUCUCCCAGUACAGCGCUGCAUGUGCAAGAGGCGAUCCUAAAGGAACUGACCAAUGAGGAUGUGCACAAGGUAACCUGCUACAACCAGGAUGUGGUGACGGAGAUGGAGGCGGAGCCUAAAGAGCUUGGAGCGGAGCAUCACGCCACACAGACGCUGACCUUCGCGGACAGCAUAGGGGAAGUGAAGGACGAGCAGCCGCCAGGCUGGUCAACGGCGACUGCCGACAUGAAGUUCGAAUACCUGCUGUACGGACACCGCGAGCAGCUCGCCUGCCAGGUGUGUGGGAAGACUUUCUUGGAUGAGAGCAGACUCAGGAAGCACGAGAAGCUUCACUCGGCCGAGCGUCCGUUCGCCUGUGACAUUUGCACCAAAGCUUUCACCACCCACGCUCACCUGAAAGAACACCUGAAGAUCCACGCAGGUUUCAAACCCUACAGGUGUGACGUGUGUGGGAAAUCGUUCAUUCGCGCUCCGGACCUGAAGAAACACGAACGAGUUCACAGCAACGAGCGGCCCUUCGCCUGCCAGAUGUGCGAAAAGGCUUUUAAACACAAGUCUCACCUGAAGGAUCACGAGAGGAGACACAGAGGAGAGAAACCGUUCGUCUGUCCGUCCUGCACCAAGGCCUUCGCCAAGGCGUCAGAUCUGAAGCGUCAUGAGAACAACAUGCACAGUGAGAGGAAGCAGCUGAAUCCUUUGCAGAGUGACACUGAGACACUGCAGGCUGCUGCCAUGGCUGCUGAGGAGCAACAUCUGGACUCCAUCAGCUGUUCCUAACAUCUGGACAGCCCUUUAACCUUUUGUUUUCUCACAAACUUUGAACUGACUUUGGCUGUGUUUGCUAGGAGCCUUUUUUCCUGCAUCGAGUUGAUGCACGUGAACCCAAGUGUAAGAUAAACCGAGCGGUCAUGUGAUUCACAUGUUGUCAUGUGACCUCCCUCUGGCUACAUGUGUGAUUUGUAACCUGGCGUGUUUGUCUUUUCAGUUUGAAGCAUAAAUUUAUAAACUGUGUAAAUUAUAAACACUUCUGCUCAGUUUCAUGAGCAAUGACAGAGAGAACAGUUUCAAUAAAGAUUCAACCUUAUCGACA